UCAUGUAAAUCCUGUGCACAACCUCUGAGGUGGGGGUAAUGUGGAUGUAUCGCCCGGCUGUAGUGUAUGGAAAUGUGAGAACACACCGCGCUCUGUGCGCCUUCCAUCACACCCACCACAAGAUUUGCUUACCAGCUGCCUGCAAAUUUGUUAGUCAAAGUCAUCAAACCGGCCAAAAAUACGGAGCGCAGAACCUAUAGAACCCUAUAGAGGAGCGAGGGAGGCACUGCAGAGAGCUGCUGGAAGAUGGGACGGGAAGGACAGGCCAUAUCUAAACGGAGCGGACUGCGCUGUGGACGUUUCCCGAAGAUGUUGGUGCCGGCCCUUCUUUACAUUUACUUCCUGAGGUCCGCUCAGGGGGCCCCUUCGUACUUCCUGGUGAAGCAGUCACUCACCUGGGCGGAGGCCUUGACUUAUUGCCGGACGCAGUACACAGACCUGGCCAGCAUUGAGUCGGAUACGGAGCUGAUGCAGGUGUCGGCGGUGGCGAUCCUGACUGAGGUGUGGGUGGGGCUCUACCUCUGCUCCCCGGGGGUCUGGCGCUGGAGUGCCGGCAACGCCUUGGGAACCUAUACCAAAUGGAAUUCCGGGAUGCCCGGCCUGACCUCCUAUUCCUGUGCGAGGUACAAAUUGUUAAAGUGGAAUGACGGGGCAUGUGACUCCAAAUUCUACUUCGUGUGUUACAAAGCAACCAACACAACAGUGCCCCCCAACAUUCCCGCUACAUGUCAGUGGCCCUUGGUGUCCACCACUGUUGCCUCUCUUACCAAUCCAAUAAAUGAAAGUACCCCAAUUGGGAGCAACCAACCAACCAACGGACCCACCAAUGGCUUCAGCCAACAAAGCAAUGGUAUGAACCAGCAAAACAGAGGUGGUAACCAACAAAAUGGUUUUGGUAACCAACAAACCAAUGGUUUCAGCCAACAAGCCAAUGGUGGUAUCCAACAAAUUACUGGUGUCAACCAACUAACCAAUGGUGGUAUCCAACAAAUUACUGGUGUCAACCAACUAACCAAUGGCGGUAUCCAACAAACCGAUGAUGCCACCCAACAAACCGAUGAUGUCAACCAACAAACCGAUGGCUUCAGCGUACAAUCUCCAGGCCUCACCAUACAGAAGAGAUCUUUUAGCCAAGUCUCUCUGUCAAUAUACAAUGCAAAUUCAGUUGUUGGCAAUCUUUUCGGCCCCCCCGAGGUUCCUGUUUCGACUCCCUCUACAACCACCACAACGAGCUCGGUGUCCACGGCUUCCACCAGUUCCAGUACCUCCGGAACCUCCACCAGCUCCAGUACCUCCGGAACCUCCACCAGCUCCAGUACCUCCGGAACCUCCACCAGCUCCAGUACCUCCACCAGCUCCAGUACCUCCGGAACCUCCACCAGCUCCAGUACCUCCACCAGCUCCAGUACCUCCGGAACCUCCACCAGCUCCAGUACCUCCGGCACCUCCAGUACAUCCACCUCUACAUCACCAGCAUCAUCAUUCCAGAGCUCCAGAACCAUCGCAGGUAUGCUGCACUUGGUACUGACCCCCAUGUCGUGGUUGAACGCACGUUUAUACUGCCGCAGUAAUUUCACUGACAUAGCUGCAGUAUUGUCUCAGCAGGACCAGAACAACGUGGCCGCCCUCCUGUCCCCCUACACCCCCAGUACAGGUUUCUGGAUCGGGCUGAGGUUCAACCGCUUCAAAAGUAACUGGUACUGGAGCGGAAGACAGCUAUGGGGAGGAUUCAGCUACUGGGGGCCCGGAGAGCCUGACACACCUUUCACCAAUGCCUGCGGAAUGAUAUCAGGGGCCCCCGCCCAGAAUUUCACCUGGGGCGCCAAGUGCUGUGCACAAGAGCUGCCAUUCAUCUGUUAUAUAGGUUCCUGAUUCUGCUCCUGCAUGCGGGGCUGCUGCACACCUCUCAUCUACAGAGCUCUGAUCCGAGUUAGUUCCUAAACCUAGGGACACCACAGACCAGUCCUUUCCCAGGUUCCAUGUUCUGAUGGACUUAUCAAUAUAAAAUGUAUCCUGAAGACUUCUGUUUCUGCAUCUAGAGACUC